UAACAGGUGAAAUAGAUGUAGAUCUUGUGUUAACAGCUAUAAGAUCUCUUGGGUUAAAAGCUAUAGAAUCUCUUGGGUUAAUUGCUAUAGAAUCUCUUGGGUUAAUAGCUAUAGAAUCUCUUGAAUUAAUGGAUAUAGAAUCGAAAG